CGGAUUAAAAAGAAUUCCGUGAACUCUGUUCUAUUUUUACAGUAUUUCAAAUUUUGGGUAUUGAUUAAGCUAGCCGAUUUAAUAUUGCUUGCGUGGAAGCAUUCGUAUCUCUCCCUUCUCUCCAACACUCAUUCCCUUAACUAUUUUUGAUAAGAAUAUUCUCUCUACACACUAUCCCUCCUACAUUAUCUCUCGGCUUUCACCUUCCCUCCUCGUAAAAGAUAAAGCCGUUGUAGUCGCGCAUAUGCUUGCACUUAAUUUAUACGUGUACAUAGCUUCUUUGAGAGGCGCUUUAACAUGCAUUACCCCUCACUCCCACCAUUUUUAUUUGACUAAAAUGCGAGGAAGGCAUCUUCCACAGAAAAUAUUAAAAAUUGUUUUACUUUUUACAUUGGUUACGGUAACGCAGUCCCGAGUUGAAGGGAAUUGGUCAGAUUAUCAGAAUGUAGGAGAAAACGUACAGAAUUUAAAAAAACACGAAGAAAUUCCUUUAGGCAAAAAAUAUGACAAUGGUGAAAAUAUUGAAAAUGAAAUGGCUAAAAAUGAAAAUGAUGUUAGUGGAAAAGCUAAUGAAAAAGUAAAAUCAAGUAAUUUAAUUGAUAAAAAAGGUUUUGAAGAUGAGGAAGGAGAGAGUAUUAAAAAAAUGAAAAAUCGAAAUGAAGGAAAACAAGGUGGUGAAUUGAUAAACAAUUUCCCUUUUCUCCGUGAUGUACCCUAUGAAGAAGUGAAAAAAUUUCAACAAAUCUCAAAUGAUCCAAAUUUAACAAAGGGAGAAUUGGAAGUAGAACGUCAGCAAUGGGCAGAGAAACAAAAUACUGAUGUUAUGAAUGCUUUCUAUGAAUGGAAAGCAAAAAUAGAAGAAAGCAAAAAACAAGAGAAGAGGAAACUAGAAGAUCGUUUGAAUUUGUUUACAGAAGGGAUGAAAAAUAUAUUGUCAAAAAUAGAGGAAAUAAUAGAUGACAAAGGUAUUAGCCGAAAGCAAGAGUGCGAAAAGAUACGUUCACUUCUUAUUGAAAACGAAUUACGCAAGGAUUUUACAGAAAAGGUUCCAAUGCAGUUGGUGGAUUUUUGUAUGAAAGGGGCUGAUAAAAAUGAAGAGGUCGAAGAGGAGCAAAAUGUGGAUCAACCUAUUAGGAAGUCUACCACUAAAGACGGAGUAUGGCCUUAUUCUAAAAAUGAUAAGGAUAUGAAGGAUGCAACAAAUGACAAUGAAGAACAGAAAGAAGAGUUGAAGCCUAAUCCGCUAAAAGCGGGUUCUAGAAAACCAAAUGAUAGUAGUUCAUCCUCUUCAAGCAGUGAAAAUGUUGAAAAACAGGUGAACAAUGCAAUUAAUGAGGAAGAAAAGGAGAUAAUCAAAAAGGAAAAUGAGAAAAAAACUGAAGAUAACAAGUUAAAUGAUGACGAUUCUGCAUCAUCUUCUGGUUCAGCAAGUAGUGUAGAGGAACCGGAAAAAGAUAAAAAAGGAAAAGUAGAUAGGAUGGACAAAAAAAGUAAAAAUAAGGGAGGCGGAGAAAAGAAAGAAGAUGGAUCCUCAUCAUCUUCAAGCAGUGAAGGAGAUGAAGAAGAUAAAAAGAAGCGUAAUGAUAAAGCAAAAAAGGUCAAGAAGAGGAAGGUUAAAGAUUCAUCGUCAUCAUCUUCAGAAAACAUUGAAGAGGCUGAAGGAAAAAAGCAUAAAAAGCGGAAAAACGUAAAGAAUAAACAUAGUAAGAAGGAAGUGGAAAAUAACGAGAAAAAGGUAGAAGAUAAAUCCUCAAGUAGUUCAAGCAGCAGUGGGGAGGAUGAUGAAAAAAUGAUAAAGAAAGCCAAGAAAAACAAACGUGGAAGAGAUAAAAAUGCUGACGAUAAAGAUGAGGAUGAAAAAAUGUUCAAGAAAAAACACAAACAUCAUAAGAAAGGCAAGGAUGAUGCUUCAUCUUCAUCAGAUUCGGAUGAAAAGACAAAAAAGCAUAAAAAACACAAAACGGAUUAG